AUGGCCUGUGUCCGCAUUUGCCAUGUUUGGCUCAAGCUCCGGCUACAGAUUUCCCAUGUAGUUGCCUGCCAUUGCCUUUUCGUGAUCUGCGAGAUCCAGGUUUCCGGGCUGCGGUUGCAGCUGGCUCCACAUUUCAGCCGAAUUUCAGGGAUGUGGUCCUUAAGCCUGGCAUUCUGCGCCGUUUCCUUCGCUUCUUCGGCCGUGGAGCGGCCCUCCGUGGUGCGACGCGAGGUGGGAGCCGAGCGAAGUGAUCCAUCACAGCUUCGUCGAAGCAAAGCUCCUCCAGCGCACGUGGCUUCCCAACCGCGACAAGGACAGCGGAUCCACGUCACUCGAAUCCACCCAGCAGAAGUGACGGCCUGGAAUUUCCUGGAAAUAGACCAGCAGAAGCAAAGGUUCGUCGGAACACCAGAGUCACCAGAGGAUGAGCCAGAUGAUAGCGAAACCGAUCAGGACGAAGUUUCGGGUGAAAGUGGGCGAGCCGAUUUCGACGUGGAAGAAGCAGAGGAGCGCAGCGUCAGCGACGAUGCCGAGGCCGCCGGUGAGAACGGUGAGAACGGUGAGGGCGAGGCUUCAGAGGAUCCUGGGGCCUCCCUCCUCUCGCGGCCAGAGAAGAUGGAGAAAAGUCAGAAAGGUCAGAAAGGGCAGAAGAUGAAUGUUAGUAAGGAGAUUCGGAUGAAACAGGGCCUGGAACACAACACAUCGACAGAAAACGAUGGUGAAGAUGGAGACAGGUUUGAGAACUCUUCCAAAACAUCCAAAACUGGGAUUGAAAGGACUGAAAAGUCGGCUAGAGCAAGUAAUGAAUCCAAGAUUGAGGAUGCCGAGUCCAAUGCCAGUUUGAAGAGCAAUGGCACAAAGCUUUCGACGGGAAAUGAGUCGAUGGCUACUGAGAGUGUGGAGGCACCAGUGGGAAGAAAUCGACACCGGCAAAAUGAAUCUGAAGAAUCCCAGGGCGACUCUACCGAAAAGAAUGCAACAAUCCAAGCUCGUUCUGAGAAUGACACUGUCGCUGAAGCUGAGGAAGAACUCAGAAAGUUGCAGGAUGCUCUUCGGACUGCGGAGCGCCGUGCUGCCAAAGCAGAAGCUGAUCUCCAAGCAGAAAAAGCUUGGGUCUCCAACGCCCUCAGAAACUACAGUGAAGAAGCUGCACCACAUCAUGAGAAAAAGAUGAGUCAUGAGGCGCUGGCAGAUUUGGCUCAGGUUUUGAUGAGUUUCGAAAACAGGGAUAUCAGGGAUGCAGCAAAAAAGCCGCAAGAUGGCACGAAACUAGAGGAUGGCGCUGAUGAGGAGGGAGUUGGAAAUGCUAUUGAGGAGUCGAUCAGGGAAGAGAACGCCCGGCAGCGCAUGAGACACAAGUAUGUGAACAAGGAUAAAGCAGAGGAUGGACCUGACCGAACUGAUGGAACUGAUGAAGAUUCAGAUGGUAGCUCAGUGACAGAAGAGUCAAGUGAAGAACCAGAGACAUCGCAUCUCCAAAAGCACAAGCCAUGGCGCAAACACAAGAGUCACAAGCACAAGAAGGGAGGCUUCCACGUUUAUGUCGAGGUGGGGACUCAGUCUAUCUCUCCACUGCUUUGGGCCGUGGAAAGCGGCACAUGGAAGGCGGCUGAGCUGAUCAUUGAGGAUUUGCUAACCACCCGUGCGGACCGGGAGCAGUAUUACUAUGGUUUGGAUGAUUUGUUUGAGAGGCACCCGGACUUUGUGGAAAUUUUGGCCACCAAAGCCACCAGUUUAUUGAAGCCCCUUUUCGACGGCAUGAUUUGGCGCUCACACUUGGCUCAUGACGGGCUUCGACGUGGCAACUACUACAUCAAGCAUCUGGUGGCGGAUUCGAAGGGGAACUUCCCAGAUGCCAUGGAAAACCUGGUCAGUCUGCAAAACCCACAGAUUGCGUUGCAUCCCUUGAUCAUGCGUCUUAGUGACGUCAUUUGGACAGGGGUGGUGCGUUCCAGAUUUCUUCGAAAUAAUGCUUGGCUGCUCUUCACCUUGCUCCUGUUUUUGAUCAGUCAUGGGAUGCUCCAUGGUGAAGAUAGUGCCUCAAGAAGCACCAUCUUUGUGUGCCGCAUGUUGAUUUAUGUGUUUGCAAUGCCCGUGUUGAUCCACGGCCGUGUGCGACACAUUCGUCAGGCCAUCAGGGAUCGUGAACUGGUGCAGCUGGGCUGCAUCCCAGUGCCGCAGAGGUAUGUCGACAAUUGGAGAGAACCAGCAGCUGUACUCCUGGUUCUUGCUCUUCUGAUCAGCUUGUGCCUUGAGCCCAUCUUUUAUUGUGCGAACCAUUCCUCCGGAAGCUUUGAUGGUGCAGGGUUGUUCACCGAUCUGUGCCCAGAGGCGAAAGACCGUGAAGUUUACAACUUGAUGUCGAUGGUGGUGAUUGCUGUCUACAUGGUUUUGCUUAUGGACCUUGCUACACUCUCCCGGCACAUGGCUGCCUACGUGCUGGUGGCGCUCAACGUUUUGCCCGAGCUCUUUUUGUUGUUGAUCAGCAUCGGCUUUUUGAUUCUGAUGUUCGCCACCUGCAUUGCGGUCAGCAGCAACGAUGUUGCCAGCUUCCAGACUUCCCCCAUGGCAAUUCUUCGUUUGUUCCAGUUCUCCAUCAACACCAAGGGUGAUACUGAACUCAUGGCCAUUGCGGAGUCGCCAUUGUUGUGUGUGGCUAUUGGCACUUUUGUUGCGCUCACCAGUCUGGGAAGCUUCAGCAUUUUUGUGGCUCAGCUCACCUGUGCGCACCACGAGAUUUAUGCCAACAUGGUCGGCUUUGCUGGUCUGCGGCGCAUGCAGAUUGAAGUGGACUCCUUGCAAUACCUCAAACCUAAGACCUGGAAGGCUUUUGUGGAGGGACUUCGGCUUGAUGAAGCAUUGGAGUUUGGCGAAGGUGACAUCGGGCUGGCGGGCGGCAUUCAGCUCAUGGAAUCAGCCUAUCUCUACCCGCAACACCGGGAGUCCAUUCAGAGGUUUGGAGGCAGCACGAGCCCACAGAUGCCAUGGCCUAGAGAUCGGGGGCAGGAGACCACUGAAGAUGAACGCCUGGAGAUUGCCAUGAGAAAAUUCCAGAAAGCAGUGGCAGUAGUUGCAAAGAAGACUCUUAAGAGCAGCUGCUUGGGAAGCAAUUUGUCCGGCUUGAGCUUCGGGUCGAGAAAGGGCAAUAGCAGUGCCAGCAAGAACGGCAGUGAGGAGUUGGAUACUAAGAGUGAAAGUUCUACGAAGUCUGAGGCAUAGGUCAGACGGUCAGACGUUGAAGGGGAGGUGCACCAUUGAUACCCUCUGGUAAUUUAAC